GGGCAGCGGCUUUUGGGGCAAGCAAGUAUCAAUAUAGUUAAAAGAAAGGCGUGCGUGGUCACUGUUCAAUUCUGGUCUCUUUUUGCUCUCCGUUUCCGAUUUUAUUUAUUUACAUUUUUCGGAGUGGACUGGAUGGCGUUGUAUAAACGCGCUUUUGCUUUUGCUUUUGCUUCUGCUUCUGCUUCUGCUUCGAAACCUCUCCUCACCAACGCUAACUGCUGCUCUUUACUCCCUUCUACUUCUUCUAGUACCAGGCAUGUUUCACAAGCCGUCAAUUCCAACGUUAAGCGCGCAUUCCUCGUCGAUACACUUGCACUUGUACGGAAUUUAGAGGCCAAUGGUCUCCCUUCCAAACAAGCCGAGGCGAUUACUUCCGCAAUCACUGAAGUUCUAAAUGAUAGCUUGGAAAAUGUUGCUCAUUCUUUCGUUUCAAAAUCCGAAAUGCAAAAGUCAGAGAUGACGCAAGAAUCAAAUCUGUCCAAGUUUAAAUCUGAAGUGCAAAGUUCUCAGGAACAUCAUUUUUCUCUGUUGCAACGCGAGACCGAAAAGCUUCGUAAUGACAUAGAUAAGAUGAGAAGUGAAUUGAGAUAUGAGAUUGACAAAGUCACUGCUGGGCAACGAUUGGACUUGAAUCUUGAAAGAGGACGCAUUCGGGAUGAGCUUGCUAAUCAAAAUGCUGAAACCACCAAUUUGACAAAUAAACUUGAUCGGGAAAUCCAUGCAUUGAGAGCCCAAUUAGAAGCUGCAAAGUAUGAUGUGAUCAAAUACUGCAUAGGUACCCUUGUCUCUAUAUCUGCAGUGGGUCUCGCCGUGAUCCGCGUCAUAUUGUAGUCUUCCAUGAAAUCAAAGGAGCACCUUGUUUUCCAUUGCUACAAGACCUGCAGUUCCAUUUGUAACAUUUUUGGGUAAAUUUCCCAGAAUCACCCUCAACUUCAUGUGUAGUGUCCCCCUGUCCUGAUUAAAACCUAAAAUUGAUUGAAUUUGGUAGUUGUGAUUGAAUUGCACCAAUCAGAAAGUAGACGAGAUUAUUAUUUAUUGAUUAGAAGCUUAAUGGAAGAAAUUGAAACAUCAUUGUUAUCAAUGGAAUAUGAGGAUAAAUUACUCUUAAGUCUUGAUGUUGAAA